AAGAGAGGCUUUUCCCUUCUACAACCCCGCGUAUCGGCCGAAAUCAUCGUCUCGGCAUGCUUAAUUGAGGGUUGGACCUCUAGGGACGGCUCCUCCCCUUGGCCUGGUCUAUUCUGGCCCGGCUGUCGAACCUGCCACGAGUCCGCCCAUUCCUGUACACUUCUCUGCUGGUCCUCCGCCGAGACUAUCGCGUUCGCAUCCUGUGCUUUACUCUGCUGGGAUGGCGCAACUUCCUAGGGGAUGGGAGUCUGAUUAUGACGGCACCCGGUGGUUUUACCGCUUCACGGCGACGGGUCUGACGCAAUAUCACUUCCCACGACCCGGCGAUGAAUUUCCUGAACUCGUGGGACUCGGCUUUGGCCCGCUCGAUCUUGCUCAUGGCGACGAAACCGCUAGUCAACCGCAGGCUGGGCAACCAAGCACCCUUAACGGGCCUGGCAGUGCAGGAAUCACCACGGUGGCAGGCGGCAAUACAGGGGACAAAGUGACAUCAACGAGUACAGGAUAUGAAAUGGGGGCUACGGGAUAUUUCGAUCACGAGAGCUUCACAAACUUUGGGACGGGAAACGGUAAUGAAAUCGGCUCAGUCAGUACUAGAGUCAACAGAACUCCACCUUCUGCAGGCUCCGAAUCGAUACGGCCUCCGCCCAGUUUUGUUGCCGAGCUAGCGAGCAGCGAGACCGCCAGAUGUGCAGAAGAACUGGCUCCAGUUGAAUUGGAUUCAACCCAAAUCGUGACACCGUCUCCGCGUGCUGGUCCUGGCCUGAAUACGCCGGUAGAAUUACCAACGCAGAGGCGUUCGGCGGCGCAGAGGCAACCGGUUCAACAAUUUGCCCAGCAUACUAUGGAACCCGUCGAUGAGUAUCCAUUAGUUUCCGCAUCCUUCGCAUACCCCCCUUUGAGAAGGGAUACUAGACCCCCGAACGACAGCGCCGUGAGAGAAACGAGCUCACCUCCGCAAUCCGGGCAGGACAUUCCUGUGUCUCAACUGCCACCCGGACCCGAAAUCCCUAAUACGUACGAAACGUGGAGACCCUCCCAGGGCAACACCGGACAAGAUGAACCAAACGGCUCAAAUACGGGUUCGGUGCGAUCAUCUACUAUUUCAGUCCUCCAGGUGCAGAACGCGGACCUCGGAUCCAUGGAGCAGAACCAGCAUUCUGCCUCUAGGCCUACCAAGUCCUUGGAGGGAACUCCCAGCAUACUAAGACCAGCGUUGACCCCUGUGGUACCCCUAAUGGGUUCAACCCCUCUUCGGGAGGCUGAACAUUCGUCAAUUCCAACCGUCUUCCAACCUGCGGCAACACCGUUCGGAUCACAAUUGCCACAAGACAAUUUGCAACAUCAGAGCCCGCAAAAUAGCACUCGGCGUUUGCCAGGGACUGGGGAAAGACAGGGGGGGUUUCUCCAGAAACUCAACUCGGGUCGUAAGGGUACCGGCCGCGGCCCACUCAGUAUCCCAUCACUAAGACCUGCGCAUGGUCAACCAAGUCAUCCACCAUCAGGAGACGAAACCUCCAUAGAGAGGCACGUGAAUAAUGUUCCUCCGAGUGUGCAGAGGGUCAGCACUUUUCCGAAUAUUGUGGCAUCUCACGCACCGUCGCCGCCUAGACUGGGUGGGCCAGGGAUCUUUGUUUUCAAGGAGAUAUCCUCGAGCCAAAGCCCCCCUAAAGAAGAAAAAAAGAUAGAUCCGACCACACAAGACGGUUCCAACACCACGGCAAAUGCCUCGACCAGCACAGUUAUACACUCGCAGAUAAUUCUGCAAUCCACAGAAUCUUCGUGUUCUGUUACUGACGAGCCACUUCCCGAAUUUGCGUCGCUAUCUCUGUCCAAGCCCCAAAGUCCAACGAUUCCAGACAAGUUAGCGACAGAUUCUCCUAUAUCUGGUGGAUCCCAGCCUACUGGUACACAGGCAUCACCUAUUCAGCCCUCUACGGCGUCCGGACCUCUCCCGCAAGCGAUCCUUCAUCCUAAGACUAGCCAGGCCAUCGGCCAGCCUACGUCUACAACGACUAUUUCCCAAAUAGGAACCGCCCACGCGUCACCACAAGCACACCACGCGGUGGCCCCCCAGGCAAUAACAGGGAACUCUACCGGACCUCAACAAGAGCCUGGGCAAAAUCCAUUGGCUCCUCAACCUCAGGCAUCUGUCAAUGCGAACACUUCCCCUCAGCCACAAGCAGCAGGUACAUUAACUCAACAUGAUCAGGCUACUCUUCACCAGGGAACACCGCCGUCAGCAGCAGUGUUGGUUCGACCUGAUUCGGCGGCGGCCCCAUCCGCCACCCAGAGCGCAUCUGGGCAACAAAUCCAUGUCUACAUGUCACGCCCGGCAUCAACAUCUGGACCGCACCAACGCCCUCCCCAAGCUCCGCACCAGAUACCAGCAGUACAUGCUAACCAUGGAGUCACCCACGCAGCCGCCCACGCGCAGGGACAGUCGCUUCAGAAUAGCACACUUAACUCACAGGGAUCUAUCCAAAGGCUGCAACACCCAGGGACGACAUCCCAACCACCUGGUGGGAUCUACAUCACCGGUAAUACCUCCAGCCGACCGAUCACCGCCCAAACAACGGCAUCGAAUCUACAAUUCUCCGGACAGACACCGUCUUCAAUCCAUUUCAACCCGGCUGCGUCUUUGGGUCACGGUUCACCGACUGCCCAACCGGUAACACACGGAGUUAGUCAACUACCGAUCCAAGGGAGACCGUCGCCCACGUCACCAGCCGUAUCUUCUGUCUCUCCACCCCAGAGCCAAGUAUCAUCGCCAGCAAUAUCGAUUGCUUCACUAAGUCUUCCACCACCUUCGACGCCGUCACACCAGAAUUCACCCCAGCUUUCCAGACCGCCAGUUGCACAAGGAAAUCAUGUGCAUAGUAGCGCACAGGUCAUUUCAUCCUCUCGGCCUCCCGUAGGCGGCGUGAUGAAACCGUAUCCGACGCUCCCGGGACAGGUGGCAUCCACCGCUGGGCAGCUUGGUUCGCCUACAGUUUCACAAGGCCAUCCAAACCUGACAGCUCUACCACAGGCUCAGAAUCUUCAGGGACUCGGGGGAGCGGUAAGGCCUAGCCAGUACCAGGUAGCUAAUCAACCGGCAUCGCAGGCAACAAUGUGUGGACCGCUUCAGCAGCAAGCUAUACAAAACCACCCUACACCGACUCUAGGAAGCUCCGUAUCUGGCCAGCCAAUGCCAGGGCUUAUGCACCAAAUUCAACCUCAACUGCCUACGCCAAUGACGCCAACCCCGCAACAUACAUUCCUGCAGUCUGUCCAAAGUCUACCGAGUACGAGUCCGCACCCUCAGCAGAACAUAGGCCAGGCCGGCCAGGGGCUCAAUGUGCAACUAAUGGGUGCCCCAGCACAAGGUACCUUGGUCCAGCAGCUGCAGGUGUCCCAAGUAAAUCAGCCCCCAAGUUUGGCGAGUCAAGCUACCUCAAUGAUCCAGCCAUUCUUGGUAAAUCAGACCGUCGGGCAGGAUCAGGGACAAGGACAGCCACAACAAGCCCAGGCUCUUGGAUUCCAACCUAAUUUGUCGCAGAUACCGGGGACGGCGAGGCCUUCACACCCGACCCAGGCCGCUCUGUCUGGGGCAAACAAGAAAAUGAAGAAAUUUGUUCAGCAUGUAUUUCAGAAGCCAGCUAUGAAACAAACGACCGCCAUCGUGGCAGGCGCUUUUGUCGCUGAAUCUAUGGGCGGGAAUGCAAUCGCCGGUGCCAGUAUGGCAAACCAGAUAUUCAAUACUUCUCAGGCUCGUCCUCAGCAAGGCGGUAUGCCCCAGCGGCCUCCAGGUCUUCAACACGCUUCCACGGCGCCGCCCCAAGUUCAAGGUUUAGCCGGCAUAAAUAUCGCGUCUCCGUAUGUCCAAAACACGGGCCAGACACAACCGGCCAUGCAUCCUAUCGGCCUCCAAAUGCCAGGUCGGCCGCCUGUAGUGCAAAACGCGGGACCGGCUGGGGCGGUUCCGAAUAAUAAUCCUUCGCAACUGCGUCCCCAACUACCGCCACAACUACAACAUCGACCUCAACUACAACUGCAGCCUCAACCGCAGCCUCAACCUCAGUCUCAACCGCAGCCGCGGCCGCAACUACGACCACAACCCCAACCUCAGCCACAGCCACAGCCACAGCCACAAGUACGGCCUCAACUCCAACCCCAAUCGCAGCCGCAGCCUCAACCGAACGUGAUGAACCAAGGACAUUAUCAGAUCCCUCGUCCCCCAGUUGGACGUCCACCGUUUCCUCAGCCACAACCUCUUACUCCCGGCCAACCCACUUUUCAGGCGGCACCCGGUCAGCCCUUUUAUCAGGCGGCUCCUGGUCAGCCCUUUUACCAAGCGCCUCUUCGCCAGCCCAUGUACCAGGCGCCUCCUUAUCAACCAGGCUACCAGCAAAACGGAGGUCCGGACGUCUACACGGCCUUGGGUACCACUCUCGGAAGCGCCCUGGGCGCCGCCCUGGCCCCAGAUAGACCCGGAGGAGCGGCUCCGACUGGUCAACAGCAGUCUGCUGCGAACAGCUCGGGGCAACAACAGAAUGAGCCUUCUUCCGGACAGGCUAACUCCGAGCAGCAACACGCAGAAAAUUCCCAGCUUCAGGGUGAAUAUCAGCAUCACGAACCCAGCGCUGUGGAACACUCGGAGCAACAACAUCCAACAUACUCGGAACCACCAACUGGCGAAACCUACACAGCGGAAAAUCCAACCUGGGAACCCCAUGUCGCUUCCGAGACCGCAGCCGCGUCUGACACCAUCAUCAUCAACAACACAAUCAACAAUAACGUCGCAAUCGAUAAUUCGACGGUUUUGGAUACGACGAAUAUAGUCGAUACGACUAACGUGGUUGACACUACAAACGUGGUUGAUACUACAACUUACAUAGAUCCGGUGAACACGACAGGGGCGAACUUCGAAACGACGGUGUGGGCAGAUGCCGGCGCACAUGCGGAUACGGUGUACAUAGAUUCUACUACCACUGUGGCCAUGGACGCAAAUGCAGAGACCGCGUUUAUGGGCAUGCCGACGGGUGUUGGCCCUAAUAGCAAUGGCUCUUAUGUAGAUGCCACGGCUUACGCCGAUACAUCAUACGCCGAUACAUCAUACGCCGAUACGCCGUACACCGAUGCAUCGUACAUCGACGCAACGUACGCCGACGGCUCCUACAUAGAUGCCUCGGCGUAUGCUGGGGUGAGCAUGGACGGUAACAUGAGCGGGACAAUGUACAUGGAUGACGGCAGCGGUGGCAUGGGCGGUAUGGGCGACAUGGGCGGAAUGGCCGCCGUCGACGAGAGCAUGAGCUUUGAUGCCAGCGCCUUCGUCCAGAUGGACUACUCGGGCGGCGAUUGGUGAAUCACC